CAGAUGAAAUGCCACUAUUCAAGUUUUAGUGUUUUUUCAAAUGAGUCACCGGAUGGGGAUAAAACCACUGAAUUAAUUGAAAAAGUUGUAAUUUCCAGACACAAGGAAACAGAAACCCAGAAAUCAAUGUAUACAAACAAAUGGCUCCUCCAAAGGCAAACAAGUAAAGAAACCCGCCAUUCAGAAAACACCAAGAGAGCUGAUGAAAAGAAAAUCAACAGAAGGAUAAUGGAUUUAUCGAGAAGUGUGUUAUCGGGUUCUCUAACGUUAUCAGAUGUAAAUAGUUCAGAAGAUAAAGCAGACAGAGCUGCUGUCUGUGGAUCGUCAUCAUCCAGUCUACCUCACCUGAAAACUCAUUUGCUUCAAGACCAGGGAAUAACUAAUGAAACCAGAUGCUAUCCAUGCAAGUCUUCAAGUGGCGAUACAAACAGAGCUGCCAUUAGAGGACAAAUCAAUUCUCCGUGUUUAUAAAGGAAAAUCUUUAUGAUCUAUAUAUGUGGAGGCUAUCAAGAUUCAGAAGUAGAACGAAAUGCAUUAAUGGAAAAGUCCUUUCCUUGGCUGUACAAAUACUGUAAAGAGAGAGGCUACGACUUCUGGAUGGUGGACCUGAGGUGGGGGAUAAAAGAUGGCAUCACUAACAAUCACAACAUGGCUUCCCUACAUAUGAAGACAUUAAGGAAAUGCCAGCAGUUGGGAUUCCAAACCUUUGUUGUAAGUUUUUCUUGGCAAAAGCAUGAUUGACCCCUCUCUCCAGCAGUAAUAGCCAAGGAAGAUUUAGAGGCGAUCAAAGCCACAAUUGAACAAAUGAAGCUGAGUACCAAAAAGUCAAAGCAUAGUUUGAAGGAAGAAACUCUAGUAGAUAAAAAGAAUGAAAUCCAAGGUGAUAUUAAUCAAUAUGCCCUGAGCCCUAGUGUCUCAACAGAAGAACCUGAAGCUGAGACAAACAGCAAGAAGGAAUAUGAAAUGAUUAAUUCAAAUCGGCAGGAGUUUUCUAAUGCUUCUCUCCUCACCCAAAAGACUGGAGCUGAAUAUGAGAGAGAACUUCAACUUCUGGAUUGCUGGUACAGGUUGGAUGAAAUACUCCCUGCAGUUUACAGACUUCAACCUAUUUGCACAGUGCACCGAGAUAUCCUCAGCAAUGAUCCUACUCGCAGGCAACAAGCGAAGAACAAAUGGAUGGCGUCUUUUCAGAAACUGCAUAAGAUAUUUCAAGAAUAUGCUGCAGUUGCUCUUGGACAAGAAGCUGCCACCACACUGCUCAGAACAGUUUUGCAGCAAGAAGUAGAUCAAGGAUUCCAGGUCCAGGGAAAGUGUGAGGAUCACUGUCACUGCUUCAAAAGAGACAUCACAGAUCUGCAGUCCAGUCUGUCAAGUCCCCAUGCACCAAAAUAUAUUGACAUUCACCCACUAAGACCAGAGCUCAACAAAACAACGUAUGAAGCACAUCAGAACUUUGUGAAAAGCAUUCACUCUAGGCUUCGUCACACAAAUAUCUACAAAAAGAGCAUUAACUGGGGAAGAGGCAUCAGCCCCGCCAACCACAAAUCCCAUGCUUACUACCUUGAGUGCCUUUGCAAUGACUUUCAGAACAUUGUCAUCAAUCACUUCAACAGAACAAUCCAUUUGAAGGAUAUUCAAGAAAUGCUACCUAUGCGAAGAAAGAAAGUAUUUGAAACUCAUAAUGAUGACGAGGUUCUGGAACAUAUCCGGCACUGUCAGGCCUUGGUUACAUGUCUAAUAGGAAGAGAAAUGUUUUUGUGCAAACUGAAGAAUUGUGUUGCAUCCUCGAACAGAAGGCUAGUUGUAAUUUGUGGAGAGGCUGGAUGUGGGAAAACUGCCAUCAUAGCAAAAGCCGCUUCUUUGGCUCCUAGCUGGAUAUCUGGGAACCUCAGAGUUGUAAUUCGAUUUAUUGGUGUUACUGGUGAAAGCAGAAAUAUCCGACUGACUCUCUUCAGUCUUUGCUACCAGAUAGCUUCUAUCUACAAGGUCUCAGUUAAUUUAUCCAAGGAUUUUGAAGGAUUGGUGGAAGAGUUUCUCUCUUUACUGGAGUCUGCCACACAAGACAAACCACUUCUGAUAUGUCUGGAUGGCAUAGAUGAAUUAUCAGAGGAAUAUGUUGCAGAUUUUCCUUGGAUACCUCCUGAAUUACCAAAGAAUGUGUAUUUUAUUAUUUCCACAUGCACCGAAUCAAGUUUUUCAUGCUUCAAAAAACUGGAGAAAAUAACAGCAAAAGAAAAUAUUUUGCAUAUACCUCCUUUGACAUUUGGAGAAAUCAGUGAGAUGAUCAGCUCCUGGUUAGAAAAUUGCCGAAGACUUUCCCAGCAACAGCAUGUCCACCUAAUGGAAGCAUGCACAGCCUGCCCUGUACCACUUUAUGUAUACUGUGCCUAUAAGGAGUCUUGUUUAUGGACAUCUUUCAGCCCAGAGACAGAGGUGUGUCUUCCUCAAAAUAUACCUGAUCUGUAUUCGUGGACACUGAGCAGAAUGGAAAAAUCCCAUGGAGAACAAGUUGUAAAAAAGAUGGCAGCUUAUACCACACUUUCAAGAAAUGGCAUUACUCAGGAAGAGCUGCUCCACCUUAUGUCAACGGAUGAUGUGGUUAUUAAGGAAGUAGCUAAAUUCCAAAAUGUCUCAAUUUCAGCAUUCCCGCUAGUGCUGUGGUUGAAACUUUUGGAUGAUUUUGGAGACCACCUGAAAGAGCAAAGAACUGACCACACUUAUGUUUUUAAUUGGGCUCAUACAUCUCUGAGACAUGUCUGCAUGGACAGAUAUCUCAGAACACAGGAUUCCCAGGUAUCGCUGCAUGCCACCUUUGCAGAUUACUACCUGAGUAGAAUUCCACAUAUUAUUGAAAUGUCUACAUUUCAGCCUUUUGCCUGGACUUUAGAAAAAGAAUCCAAGAUCAGCUACACCUUUAACGUUCGUAAGCUCCUUGGGACUCCGUAUCACCUCAUCAAAUCUAAGAAUAUUACUGCCUUAAUCAAAGAAUGUCUCUUUAAUUGAUUUCUCUUAUACAAAGCCUGGGCUUCAUCAGUUAUCAACAUUGAAGCAGAUCUAAGAGCAGCUAUCAAUGCAGACAGGACUAUACAUGACUUAACUUUAUUAAGUGAAGCGCUCAAGUUAUCCAAGAAAGUUUUACUACAAGACCCAUGUCAGAUGGCUUCACAGCUUAUGGGCCGCCUUCAUCGUAUUGUUGCAGCAGAUAAACCAGUGGCCCCAGGUGAUCAAAAAUAUCCCUAUCUGCCAGCUCUUUUGUCCCAGUGUCAGAAAUCUUCUAUUCCUGUUCUUCUACCUUCAACAGCCUGCCUUAUAGAACCUGGUAGACUUCUCUGCGACCUUCUGAGAGGUCACUUGGACAGAAUUGUAGCAAUUGGAGAAACCCAGGAAGAACUCACUGUUGCAACAGUCUCCAGUGAUGGCACUCUGAAAUUGUGGGAUUUGAGGGUUGGCAAAGCUGUCUUCACUCUGCAUGGAGUUGGGAAUAAUAUCAAUGCAAUUGCAGUGUGUCUGGAGAACAGACUGGUGGCUGUGUCUGACAAAAGCACCAUUAAAAUCUGGGAUCUUUCCCUGGAAAAAGUGGUAUAUGCAACUGGCGAGUUUAUUGGUACUCCAAUACUAACAUCUGCAAUGAAUGGGCACCUCUUACUGGCGUUUUUUAAUGGCAGUCACAUGGUUAAGGUUUUUGAUCUUGUUCAUUCCUGUCAGUUGCUCCAUGUAUAUAUUUCUACAGAGGAAGAGCCUAUCCAGAAGACUAAUUCCAUUUUGGUAUCCAAAAAUUCAGUAAAAGAUUAUGUUCUCUGUGCCUUUAGGAGUGGAAGUGAAGCCAUGGUCUUUAGUGGCAAAAAGGGGAAAGUAGUUGCUAAGCUGAAAAGCCAAGAACCAGGGGCAGCUGCUGAGGAUGUUGCUGUAACUAAGGAAUACUUCCUAGUGAUCUUCAGGUGUCCCUUCAUGAAGCAGCGUGAGAUUGUGCAUAUAGAGCUCUACAAUGUCCACACGUUUGCCUAUGCUCACAAUCUGAAGGGAUGCUGCAAUGAUUAUUUUCACCUUUUUGCUGUGAAUCAUUUGGGCUCUCACCUGCUGGCGUUCAGCCCCAUCCCAAACACCAAUACCACUGAAAUAGUGUCAUGGAACCUGGAAUCUGAAGACCACAAGCACUUGGCGAAGUUUCCUUCAGUCCCAGCUGGUGGUGUAUGCUCUGACCUUCGGUACUGUUUAACAUUCUGUGAUGGAGACAAUUAUCUUCAAUCUUGGAAUUUAGCUUCCAAGAUCAAUGACCAGUCAUUGACAGUCACUGCAAGUAAAGCCAAGAAUACAAAUGGUAUUCAUGAUAUUCUAACAAUGGAGAACUAUCCUAGGUAUGCCAUGUGCAGAAACACAAGUCCAGGGGUCAUAACGAACAUCAUGAAAUCAAAAUGUAAACACAAUGCUGUGAGAGUGGAGAGGGGAUUGCUGGAGAAUACGGAUAUAGUUUUGGUCAGAGACAUGAAACUUUAUGUCCUUACAGACAAAGGAAUGGCCUCUUUUGCAGAUCCUCCGAGGCCUAUUUUCCAGACUCUUUUAGUUUAUGACCUCCUGAAAAAGAAGUACAUAAGGAAGCAGACUGGCCUUUACAUCACUCCCUGCCCAAAUAACGAGUAUAAGAUCCUUGAAGGAGGCCUUCUACUUGGACUUUCAGAGAACAGAGACCAUUUUAUUACCUGGAACUUGGAAACUGGAUUUAUUAAGGAUCGAUUAAGGCCAGAAUACAAACAAUUUUCCUGGCAAGCUGCGAAGCCUAACCGUUCCUUGUCCAGGGAAAACACGAAACAAUGCAAAGGAGUCUUGCCUAACAGAACAACAGUGUUACAGCUUCCAUGGGAAAUGCGAAAUGAAACAAUGACUGGAAAGAGACGGAGGAAGGAAAAGGCAGCGAAAAUGGAGAUGGAAAUGCUGCAGCAACUUACUAAUGAAAAGAGCAAUGCUAUUGACCAGUUCCUCCUGAGUGGAGAUGAGAAGGUUGCUGUGUGUUCCUACUAUGCACAUCACCUGUCAGUGUUCAGCUUUGAAAGCAUGUCCCAUCUCCACACCCUUGAGAGCAGAGAAUCCAUGCUUUUCUUACACAAUGCCGCCUUGACCUAUAACGGCCAUUAUCUGGUGCUCUCCAAUUACAGCGAGAAGGAGAAAGUCAGCUAUGUAACACUAUGGAAUUUAGCCACGGGGAAGGUUAGGAAAAGACUAAAAAAUGAGCCAAAUGUCUGUUGUACAGCCAUUGCUGCUGAUGCUAGUAGGAUAAUUUUUGGAGUGAUGGUAGAAAACAGGAUAAAGAUCUGGGAUCCGUUUAAGCACAGGCACAAGCUAAUUCAAGGUUACGAAGGUCUUCAUCUAACUGUGUGCAGCAAACUGCACAUAUUAGAUGGAGCAAAGGCUGUUCUGCUUGCAGGUGAAGUCAGUAUCUGGGAUUUGGAAAGUGGCAGAGUUAUAUCAGUCUUUACACCAGACAGCAAAAUCUCCUGCAUGACAGUUGCGUUUGAUAGAAACACAGUUCUUUUAGGUUUGAGUGACAACCCUACUCUCAUUACUUUGAAAAUGCUGAGCACCAACACCACUGCAAGUUCAACAGGACAAGAUUUGUUUGGAGAGGAAACCUCAAGCAGUGAAGAAGAACCUGAAGUUAUUUAAAAGCCAAAAUUUUAACCAACUAAGAAGCUAGCAUUCACAAUGAAUUGUUGUUUUUUUAAAGAGAGUAUGUUACAAGAUAUCCAUUGAUUUGGGAGAACUGGUACAAAAUACUUUUGAGUUUCUGUAAUGUUGGAUCAUCACCCAGAGUAGACCCAAGGAAAUCAAUGAGCUUGUGUUGAUUUUAAUGGGUCUACUCUAAGCGAGAUGAGUGCCGCACCCCAUAUU